AUGGAGCCUACUAUUAUUUUGAUCGGUAUUGCAAUUUUUACAAUAUUUACAACUUAUACCAUAACUAAAGACAGUCAAAAGAAUCAAAGAUACAUAGUUGAUAAGGAAUACUUUAUAAAUAAGGAUAUUUUUUUAAAAAAGAUUGGAUUUCAUAUUUCAAAUCAUCUUUCCUAACUAGGGAAGUAGGAUAUAAAUAUUAAUUAUGUACUAACUUAAUUAAGUCUAGCAAUUGAUUGAUUAAUAGUUUUUGAAGGCCAAUCUGACUCAUAUAAAUUUAAAAGAUUUUCAAUAUUAUGUGAAUUAAACAGAUAUUGAAUUCGAACAUUAGAACAAUACAAUCCUAAUAAUGGUACCUAUCUAGUAAUUUGAUUUAAUUGUUCAUUUUGAAUUAUGGAACAUUUUCACCAAUUCAUCAUAAUAAAUAAAUUUUCGAUUUAGAGUUAAGGAUCUAUAAAUUGGGUUAAGAUAUAAGAUCAAUGGUCUUAAAAUAGAGUUUGUGGAUAAAUGGUUUCCAAAAUUCAAAUUUGGGUAAUUCGAAUUUGUUGAUGAUGAUGAUGAAGAAAAUGCCAAAUAUUCAAAAACUAAGUAAAUAAUAGAUUGGUUGUUGUAUAAAUUUCAUAAAAAUAUUGAAAAAAGUGUUGUGUUAAACUUAAUGAAGUCAUUCCAACUUAGUUAAUUAAAUGUAAAUAGUUGGGAUUUUAACUCUAAUAAGAACGUCAAGAAUUUAAGAGUGUUGAAUAAUGAGUAUCUUUCAAUAACAGUGAAUUAAUAUAAUGAUGAGAUACUUAUGAUAGAAGACUUGUUCGAGGAAAAAUAAAACUGA